GCAGUUGCAUUGCAUAGACUACUCAUACGUACGAACUCCACUCCAGUCAGUCCCAGUUAGUUUCAGGAAGCAAUGGCGUCCGGUCAGGAGAAGGGGAGGUCGGAGCUGGACAGCCUGGCCCGCGAGGGGCAGACCGUCGUCCCCGGCGGCACCGGCGGGAAGAGCUACGAGGCGCAGGAGAAACUCGCCGAAGGGCGCAGCCGCGGCGGGCAGACUCGGAAGGAGCAGAUCGGGGAGGAAGGAUACAGCGAGAUGGGGCGCAAGGGCGGCCUGAGCACCAACGACGAGUCCGGCGGCGAGCGCGCCGCCAAGGAGGGCAUCGACAUCGACGAGUCCAAGUACAAGACCAAGCCUCCGAUGUUUUAGUACCUAGUAGGUAGUAGCAAGCAAGCUGACCGCUGAUGUCUCUUCGUAGUUGGCUGUUAGCUGAUGUCUUCUGGUUGUGUCUGCUACUGAAUAAUGUCGGUCAGUUCCUGAAGUGGAGCACGCAUGUAGCCGAUCAUACUUAGUGUGUAUCAUGUGUGCAUUUUCGGUGUCCCUGUUCUGUCGUGCCUAGUAAACUCCUGUGUGCAUUUUAGGUGUCCAUGUUCUGUCGUGCCUAGUAAGUACUCCUGUCAGCUUGCUACUCAUCUGUAAUGUAGUGCGUCGGUGCUUAAUCAAUCUGAAUCUCUUCCAUGCAGGUGUUCCAUGUU